AUGAUUACUAGCGAUUUCGUCGAGGUACAUGAUCAGCUUUCUUCACAUUCAUUGGAGGAACAAGAAGAUGAAAGAAGUGGUUCAGAUUUUUUUUCCGGCAGUAGUGAUAAUUAUAUCCCAAGUGAUGAGUCAAAUGCAGAAUCAUCUUCUGACGAUAGUACUAUCAAAAAGACAGUACCGUUGGAAAAAGGCGAAUCCUACACAAUGGAAAAAAAUAUAAAUAAGAAAAACAGAAUGUCAGGUUUACCACAUGAAUCCAGAGGAAGAGUCAAAGCAGCAAAGAAACCUAAAUUCAGCAAUUGCAACUCUUGUAAAUUCAAAUGUUCACUUGAUUUCAAUGAUGAAUUGAGAAACCAGUUAUGUUCUAAAUUUUGGAAUCUAGAUUUCAAUCGCCAAAAAGAUUUCAUUGUCUCUUAUGUCACAAGCAAAGAACCUGCUUGUAGGAGAAUUCGAACUGGUACAGGUGCACAUAAAUCUAGAAGCAGGUACUACCAUUUUCUGAAGGAGGGCACAAGGCCUAAGAAAGAUCAGCGCUCAAUAUGUGCGAACUACCUGAAAGAGAAGUCAGCUGAUUUGGAAGAGAAUUAUCAAGCUCACAUUCGAAGAAGGGACGAAGCAAAUGCAGCAAAAAAAUCAGAUAAGGAGCGUGCUAUGACUGAUAAUAAUUUCGUGAGCGUCACAUUUGAUUUACAAAGCAUUCUACAGAUACCGUCUUCUGAUGUCUCACUAAUGUAUUAUAGCAGAAAAUUAUGUGCAUACAAUCUCACAAUCUACGAAGCAGCUUCGCAGGAAGCCCAUUGCUAUACGUGGAUCGAAAUUAAUGGUCAGAGGGGCAGUUCAGAAAUAGGAACAUGUCUGGUUAAAUGGAUACAGAAUUUGCCACAGAAUAUCACGGAAUUGAAUUUGUUCUCAGAUACCUGUAGCGGACAGAACAGGAAUCAGUAUAUUGCAGCUUUAUUUGUGUUCCUAGUACAAAACAGCAGUUUGAAUAUUAUCGAGCAUAAUUUUCUAGAAUCUGGCCAUUCUUGCAUGGAAAUAGAUUCCAUGCAUAGUGCAAUAGAGAAUGCCAAAAGGAAUGUUCCCGUAUACACUAUGCAUGAUUGGUUAAAUAUUUUUCGAAUGGCACGCUCUAAUAGAGGGCGUAAUAAAAGAAGUCCUCCAUACAAUGUACACGAAUUGAAGUACAAGGACUUUCUUGACUUGAAGAAACUAGCUUCUAGGACUUUCAAGAACAGAUCUAUAGACGAAAGCGGAAAUCGUGUUAAUUGGUUGAAAAUCAAAAGUAUGCGAUAUGAAAAAAAUUUACCUCAGUACGUGCUAUUCAAGUACAAUUAUAGUGAUCCAGAAUUUCUUAGGCUAAAUGUAGCUGGACGUAGUAGUCGAACUACCAACAAUAUUUUGCCAGACAAAAUACCGCAAUUGUAUUCCAAAGAAAUUCCAAUUUCCAACCUGAAAAAGCUAGAUUUCUUGAAAUUGUGUAGAACGGGGGCAAUUCCUCCGGAGUUUCAUGCCUGGUAUCAGUCUAUACCAACAGAUAGCGCAAAAAAAGAUGUCGCCCCAGAGCCAUCACUAUGGUCCGAUUCAGAUUCUGCUUAG